AUGAUUGAAGUGGUAGCAGAGCUGAGCCGAGGUCCUGUGUUUCUGGCGGGGGAGGCGCUGGAGUGUGUGGUGACAGUCACCAACCCCCUACCCCCCACGGCCACUUCUGCAUCCAGUGAGGCUUUGGCCUGGGCCAGUGCCCAAAUCCACUGCCAGUUCCAUGCCAGUGAGAGUCGAGUAGCACUACCUCCCCCUGACGCCAGUCAGCCAGACGUCCAGCCUGAGAGCCAGACUGUCUUUCUACCACACCGAGGUGAGAGGGGUCAGUGUAUCCUUUCCACUCCACCAAAAAUCCUUUUCUGUGAUCUGAGGCUAGAUCCUGGAGAGUCCAAAUCAUACUCCUACAGUGAAGUGCUGCCCAUAGAGGGACCACCCUCCUUUCGGGGUCAGUCAGUCAAGUAUGUCUACAAACUGACCAUUGGCUGCCAGCGUGUCAACUCACCCAUCACUUUACUCAGGGUCCCUCUGAGGGUUCUUGUGCUGACAGGCCUUCAAGAUAUCCGGUUUCCCCAGGAUGAGGCUGUAGCCCCAUCUAGUCCAUUCUUGGAGGAGGAUGAAGGUGGGAAGAAGGAUUCAUGGCUAGCAGAGCUGGCUGGGGAGCGUCUCAUGGCUGCCACAUCCUGCCGCAGCCUCCAUCUAUACAAUAUCAGUGAUGGCCGAGGAAAAGUUGGGACAUUUGGCAUCUUCAAAUCUGUAUACAGACUCGGCGAGGAUGUGGUGGGGACCUUAAACUUAGGGGAAGGAACUGUAGCUUGUUUGCAGUUUUCAGUAAGUUUACAGACUGAGGAACGUGUACAGCCUGAAUACCAGAGGCGCCGCAGGACAGGGGGUAUCCCCUCUGUCUCUCAUGUGACUCAUGCCCGGCACCAGGAGUCCUGCCUACAUACAACCAGAACCAGCUUCUCCCUCCCCAUCCCUCUCAGCUCCACCCCAGGCUUCUGCACAGCCAUUGUGUCCCUGAAGUGGAGAUUGCAUUUUGAAUUUGUAACAUCGCGAGAACCAGGUUUGGUGCUCCUACCUCCCUUGGAACAGCCUGAGCCUGUCACCUGGACAGGGCCUGAGCAAGUGCCCGUAGACACCUUCAGCUGGGACCUUCCAAUCAAGGUGCUGCCCACAAGCCCUACCCUGGCCUCAUAUGCAGCCCCAGGCCCCAGCACCAGCACCAUAACCAUCUGAAACUGACUCACCACGACGCUAUCUUUCUUCAGGAUACUGAGAACUCAGCACCUGGACUCUAUAGUAGGGCCCAUUUUCCCCACCUAGCUCCAGUGGCAUGGACAAUGAGAGGCAGGCUUUUAGCUGUAGCAUUAAUUUAUUUAUUCAGAAUAAAUUGGCAGCUGCUAGUGGUUUCCCUGGAA